GAUUCUCUCGACUUGGCUUUUCUUUGUUGUUUCCUGAUGUUCCUUAAUAUUUUGUUUCUUUCCACACUUGAUAGACUCUCCAGCCAAAUCAAUCUAUCCCUUUGUCUCUACGAUAUUAUGAUAUGUCCUAGAUUUCCGGGGCCUCAGGGAGCAGCGUGAAUCGGUUUCUCCGUUUAGGAGGGCAGGAUUCUUUCCUUCGAGGGCUGCGAGACGUUGUAUGUCUAGAAUCAGCGGCCAGCUGGAAGGCAUCUCUCAGGAGCAGCUAUACUCCCGACUAUUUUUCCUGGAAUCGCACAGUAUGCCUUCUCUUUUCAGUGUAUCGCUCCUGAUCCUUUCCACAUCGUUGAUCUCAUCAUGUCUGGCUCAACGGCCUUUGACGUCGCGGGGUAUGGUACCUCUGAGCGACGAGAUCCCCAGCUGCGCUCAGUGCUGCGUACACGAUUUUAUACACUCACAGUAUCCGCGUAUGGCAUGCUCUAAUCUGACGGAUGGCGAUUGUCUCUGCAGAACAAACUCGACAAGCGGAUUCACUCUCGGGGAAGCGGCACUACGCUGCACAAUUGCAUCCUGUCCCCAAGACGUCAUCUCGGGAACCAAGGCCCUCUAUAUCUGCGAUUCAGUACCUGGGGCUCUUCAUGAAACUCACAGUGUGAUCACGGCGACCAUCAUUGCAACGAAGACGUCUUUGGGUACGCCGACUCCAAGCUCGCGGCGGUGUCCGCUGCCUACUGCUUCUGCGCCGUCUUCAACCAUGAGCACAACGGGUUUAGCUACAAGCUUUCGUGCGACCUCAACCAUGUUUACGACCACCACUACCACGCCCACUGUCAAUUCUCGGAGUUCAGUCACAUUGGCAGCCUCCGCUUCGUCAAACUCGGCUUCUGCAAGCCCCAGCCACCUCAGUAAACCUGCCGUUAUUGGAAUCUCUGUCGCCGCGGGCGUCUCUGGCCUGGCCCUUGUCAGUAUUGCUAUAUUUUUCUGUAUCAGGAAGAUAAAGCAGCGACGAAGAGAUUCUGACGGGUUCGAAAUUGGCGGUGCGAUGGCUGAGCCUCCGGAAUUUUUGUAUGCAUCAAUGAGGAACUCUGGUCUGGGCCAAGGUCGAUACCCCAAGCCUGAUGGAGGCACCGUAGGACCACAACCACAACCACAGCUAGGAUCGCCAUUUCAACCAGCGUCCCGUGGCCCUUUGGUGGUCGUGACCACACCCACCGUGUGUUCGAUGGCGCCAGGGGGGCCGCAGAACGUUGGCAUGGCAAUAUCUCCAGCCACUGACAAUGGCGACUCCCCAAUGAGCCAGGUGUCCCGGCGUACGCUGUCGCAACUACUACCCGACAAACCUGAUUACACUCUUGAUCCAGGACAGCCGAAUACACACCAAAAUGGAGUCAGGCCUGAGAGCAAUGCAACGGUGUUUGAAGAGGAUGUAGAGCGAUCAAAACGCUCGAGUGGUUGGCCCAUGCCAGCAGGUAGCACUGCGCGUAACAGAUUCUCCGGCACAAUGCCUUUCCACCCAGACUCCAUUCGAGGACAUGCGUUGAGACUUCAAGCUGAUCCACGUGCUCUGAUGUACGCUAAGGAGAGACAGCAGAAUGGCUUGCCAGCCGUGAGGAGGGUCAUUCAGCGGAACCCUGUUGUGUACCGGACAUCAAGUCAACUGUUGAAGCCAACUGGCGAUGGUAUGUCGCAGAGUCAGCCAGGACCGAUCGUGCAACGGCAUGUUUCAAAAACCGGCAGUAUCCAUUCUGACGGACAAUGGCGCGGCUCACGACGAUGGUCUCGUCCUCCAUCAUGCACAGCCUCCAGCAGACGCUGUUCGGAAUGUUCCGAGACGAGUUUCGAGGAUGAGGAGGUGCCUUCGAGUUCCAGUCUCACGGUCCCAAAACAGCAGCUUACUCCUGUUGAGGAAGUGGCUUCUUCAUUCAGCACUCCCGAGAAGCAAAACCAAAGGUCGCCCGUAGCCACGGGUUCGCCAGAGAGAUAUUUUCCGGCCAGACGAGAUGUGCCCCCACCUGCAGAGCCGAUUGCUCAGCAGCUAGACGGCGUGCCUGUGUAUGGAAAUCAGUCAUCAGGUCAAGAAUGGUCUGGUCCUGAAUCAACAUCUCACAUGGACCAUCCACAUUCUAGAUUCCUACUCCAGCCUGGUAACCACCCUCGAACAGAGAGGGUUAGAACAAACCACGAGCGCCGGAAUGCAAAUAUCGAAAACAAAUCAAGAGGCACCAGUUCUACAAUCAACAUGGAAUCAAAACCCGGAGAGCAGGACCUCUCCCGGGGAUACAGGGCUCCACGCGCACCCUCCAACGUACAGGGUAUCAGAGGACCGCAAAUGAUACGGAACCUCACGCCAUCAAGACACGGUUCUCAUCUGAUACUCAGUGUCGAUUGAGGUGCCGCCCGACACUUACCAUCACGAGACUUGCCAUCUACUUGUAAAAUUACCUUGGAAUAUCCUCGUUGAUACCCCCGCAAUGUUUUCAUAUAUUCAAAUCAUCUCCUGACAAAAUAGACCAUGUGUCAGUCACCGCAUCUAACUAUUCUACUCCAGCACGCACGACUGGAACCAUUACAUUCAUAUAUACCAUUGUUUUAU